AUGCAAAGCUCACCAUAUUCUGAUAAACAGCUUGAUUGUCACGGGCGUGCUUGUGCCAAAUGUGGUAAUUGCCGCGAUUGGUACUGGACUCCUGAUAAUGAUAAGAAGGUUUAUAGAAAGCGUAAUGAUGCUAGAUGUACUCGUCGUGCUGAUCACGUUGCUAUUCAUCCUUGUGGUGGUGUUUAUGAUGUUAGGAAUAAAUAUCGUGGCCCAUGUGAUGCCUUUCCUUGCUUUCCUUGUAAUGUGCUUUAUAUUUUUGGUUACUGCUUUCAUCUUUGCGGUGUUCAAUGUUGUCCUGGGUAUUUCCAUGGUGAGCUUAAUGAUCCUGACCGUCGUCUGUGUGAAUGUGAUGACAACCAUUCGUAA